AUGGAAGAGUUGUACGAGUCGGAGGUGGUGUGGCCGGACGGCCACGAGGAGCGGCCGAGCGACGCGGGGAGUAGACCGUGCAGCUCGUCGCGGGGUCGGACUUGGACGGCCUCCGCGCCGAUGGAUGUCCCGAGGACCCCACGCGUGCCUGCAACCGGCGAGGCCAGCAUCGGUGAUUACGGUGACGAGGAGCGAGAGACGGAGAUGGUGCCGCCGCAUGUCUUGGCGUCUCGCGGUAGGAUGGUGGGGAAGGCGGCCUUCUCGGUGUGCACCGGCCAGGGGAGGACGCUCAAGGGCCGGGAUCUGAGGCACGUCCGGAACUCCGUGCUCCGGAUGACCGGCUUCCUUGAGGACUGA